AUGGCAACGUGGCUUGAUCUUGUCAAUGAAGAAGGCGCCUGGACCUUGGUGGAUACCGAUCGCCUAGAAGAGGUGGUGCAGGGGAUGCCAUGUCCCAAACGUCAAUACCCAAGUUUGGUCUACUUUGCUGGAAGCUCGAAUCGCUUGAAAGCCCUGCGAGCUCUUAUACCCCACAACAAUGUCACUCGCAAAGGUCCCGCGGGUUGGAUCCGUCUUCACCUGUGUGGGAGAUCCGGUCAUACUGAAACCCCCGUCCUUUUUGCCGAGAGUAGCCUGCUUUCCGAAAAAAGCCAAGGCGACUCACGAUGGUCCACACAUCAUGCUAGCCACCGACACCGGCGAUACGCGAUUCCAGAUGCCGAGAGUGUCUGUUCACCGGCAAAAUUACACCAAGAAGUGAAAGCCCAACUCAUCCUGCCAUGGACCCAAAUUUUGUGCCUGUUCAUCGACUCCAAAUCCGACUUACAAUCUGCCCGAAAUCUGCUGCAGCAGCCACGUCGACAGCUUGCGAUUGGCGGCCAGCCUGUCUGCACAUCCAUGCGGAUAGUCAUCGUCUUGACCAAGCAAGAUGAUUCGCAUCCUACAUCAGCGCGGCAAUUCGCCGAUUUCGAAGCAUUUGCUGAGACUGGGGAGACCGUCGUCCUGGAUCUGCGUCCAAGAUGCGGCCUCUCCGAAACGGUUGCAUUCGGACCUCUUCGAACUCUCAUCGUGGAGCAGCUGUCCGCUAUUCGGGAUCAGCAAGAGUCCACCUGUCGUCGUAUCUCAGCAUCUCAUCUAGCUGCCUUCUGGAAGUCUUACAUUCAAAGCUACAAACGAUCCCUGAACGCACCACGCUUUGAUCUCUUGAUCGAAGCCCGGAGAGGCUAUCCCGAUGACAAGUCGAUGGGUCGCUUCCUCCGAGAGGGUGCCCAUACCGUCAUGUCCUCUGGCUGCGCCAAGGAAGAGAUGCAGGAAUUUUUGGCCUCGGUCUUCCUGAUGCAUGCGUACCCCCCUGGAAUACACGGCUUAGGUUUCUCCCCGAGUAUCGUCUUUGCCGCAUUGUAUGAGAAGCAUUGUGUCGAGAUCUCGCAGAACGGUGCCUCUGACGGUCACUCCGACGGUAUUUUAUCGCAUUUCAGUCAGCAAUUCCUGCAAUUGGACACCAACAACACAUCUGCGAUCGUUCGAAAAAAUGUACUGCAUCGGUUCUUUUGCCGAUGGGGCGGCCUUCAAUCCACCACGACCUGCUUGGUGUGCAUGUGUCGGCCUCCCGAACACAUGAUGCCAUGCAAGCACGCACUCUGUGACACCUGUGUUGUGAUCUUUGGCAAGCCGAGUUCUCGUGGCGAGUAUCAUUGGGACCUCACCGAAUGCCCCGUGUGCGGUGAGCCUUUCCUCGUCAGUAUACGCCAAUUACCCCCAACAAAGCACCCGGUGAUCCUCAGUCUUGACGGUGGUGGCGUUCGCGGCCUGAUCCAACUGGGCCUUCUGCAAGCGCUAGAGAAGCGCAUUGGCUUGCCGAUUGCGUCUCUCCCCGACCUGUGUCUUGGAACGAGUGUUGUCAUGUACCCCUUUGCCCCAAGUGAUCUUUCCAUUGUUGCGCUAAUAGCGCUAUUUGCAGGCGCGUUGACAGCGAUUGAUAUAUUUUUGAACCAUUCUUCGGUCAAACAUUGUGUACAGGCGUUCCCGGACUUAGCGAGAAAAAUAUUCCGUCGCUCACGGGGCCCGGUGCCGCGAUUCGUUCGAUGGUUGGCUUCUGCGUUCAACUUGAUCCCCAGUAGCCUCUAUGAUUCGCAGGGACCAUCGCAGACUUUCAGGGAGGUGGUAGGCCUAGACCGCCGUCUAUUCGACGUGAAUACGGCCAACCCGGCUGGAUGUCGGAUUGCCGUCGUGGUCAGUCGCACGUCCGACGGCAAGGCCUGUGUGCUGGCAAAUUACCGAGGCACGGGCCCGCGCCGUGGAAACUCUGCCUACCAAUUUUUAGCGCCCGAUGACGAACAAGAGAAUCCUUUUCUGUGCGACAUCUAUUUCCAGCCAGGACGUCUGCCCGGCUUCGGCUCUUUUCAGGAUGGCGGGGUACGCGCGAACAACCCGCUUGCCAUUGCGUUGAGGGAGUCUGGCAUCAUUUGGCGGCAUGCGAAACGACAUGAUCUUCUCUUGUCGGUGGGCACCGGGUUCACCGCGCCUGCUCUCGAUCAUGGCUUGCGACACAAGGCCUGGGACGGUGCUCUCCCGCGGCUCUUCCGCGCCAGAAUGUCCUCGCCCUCCAUGGACGGACAACAGGGGUUUUUUGAAGCACUGAAUUACCUGCCGCACGGGUCAAAACCGGAUGUCCUUCGGCUCGAUCAGGCCAUCCCCGGUCCGCUCCCCGAGCUGGACGACAUCAGCGCGUUGCAAGAGUUAUCUGAGAUGAAGAUUCUCGUUCCAGAUGAGCUGGUGAGGAUGGUGCUCGCGUCGGCAAUGUUUUUCUUCGAACUCGACGCGACUCCCGUUCCUGGACCGGUCGGAUUCCACUGCGAAGGGUCUAUCCUGUGUUCACGGCUGGGGGUUGGCGAAAUCCUCGCGCGUAUCUCGAUUGAAAUCCCUGGUGCAAAGUUUCAAGCUGGUCGGGAUCAAGUCCUGGGGGAUGUAGACCAACAUGACUGCUGCAAUUCCUGUGGGUAUUAUAGGAAACGCGUCGCCUUUCACAUUGCCAGCCUGGAAGAGCGUUUCUCCAUCAACAUCGUCAAUGGUACUUGUUGUGAAAAAAUUGGUGGAUUCCCAAAGUCCGCACAGGAAUUCCUCGAUGCGCAGCAGGUGUUUGCUCAUUUUGGCCGCGCGGACCAUCAAACGCCAUCAUGGCCACCUGUGAGGCAUUGCUACUGUGCUUAUGGGGCGAAAAGGACGAUUCGGUUCCUGGAACCUACGUCGCGGCAGAAGCGAAGGCGGCUGUGA